GCUCUCAGCUCAUAUACUGCUGGGCACUUUGAUCUGAACUCUGUCUCAGUCCUGCCAUGGAACUUCCUGCAUUCCUAGGGAGCCCUGCAUGGUUCUUCUGCUCUCUGGUCCUGGCUAUAAUAUUACGCAUGCAAAGAAAAGGGACAUGGGACCCAAGAAAGUGUCCAACUGACCUGACCGGCAAAACUGCAAUAGUGACUGGUGCCAACACAGGAAUUGGGAAAUGUGUGGCGCUGGAAUUUGCCAAGAGAAACGCACGGGUGAUCCUAGCGUGCCGGAGCAAGGAGCGAGGCCAGAAGGCUGUGGAUGAGAUUCAGAGUAAGACGGGGAACAAGCAGGUGAUUCUGCAGAUACUCGAUACCAGUAGCUUGGCCUCAGUGCGAGCGUUUGCUGACCGCAUUCUCCGGGACGAGAAGAAACUUCAUAUCCUGAUCAACAAUGCCGGAGUGUCAGGGAUGCCAUUUUCAAUUACCUCUGAGGGGCUGGAGAACACAUUUGCUACCAACCAGCUCGGCCCGUUCCUUCUCACCAACCUCCUUGUGGGACUCAUGAAGAAGUCGGCUCCGGGUCGCAUUGUCUUUUUGUCAUCCUUCAUGCACACUUUGGGGACGAUAGACGUCAGCCACCUGAGGGCACAAAACCUUGAGAAGCAUAUAAUGAAUGACUCGUACAACUGCACCAAGCUCAUGAAUGUGGCGUGUGCCAACGAGCUGGCAAGGAGACUAGAAGGAACUGGAGUGACAGUGACAAGCCUGAACCCUGGAAUUGUAAUGACAGACGCCAUGAGGAACUACAAUGUAAUAAUGAGAUUUGCAUUCAAAAUCAUCGGAUUUUUCUUCUUCAAAACUGCAGAAGAGGGGGCUGCAAGCACAAUAUACUGUGCGAUCUCUGAAGAGGCCGAGGGCAUAACGGGGAAAUAUAUAGAUAGUGACUGCACAGUGGUGUUACCCUCAGAGAAAACGCGAGAUCUGGCUGUAGCUAAGAAGCUGUGGGAAGCUUGUGAAGAAGUUACAGGACUGACCGGAAGUAGAAACAAGUGACAAGGACAUCAGAUAUCAAAGAGAACCUAACCAGGAACCACAGACUGCAGCCACGACUAGAAACCAUUACAUGAGGCUGUACUGAACCUAUUGUGAAUAAAUGUUGUAUUCCUUGUUUAUAAGUAUAUGUGGGAGCAUAAGGAACCCAUAAACAUGUACCUCAGGGAAGGUCUACUGGUGCUAGGACUAUAGGUACUACUGCUGUGUUAUUAAACGUAAUGCCUCAACCACACGUAGGGUCAGUAUUACCAGAAUAAACUGUCAAAAUCUACUCAUAAUGCAGUCUCAACUGCACAAAAUAUUAAACAGGUUUUUAUACUUUCAAACUGCUUCUGUUGCUCUUAAUAACCCUUCCUACAAGUCAUUGAAAUGUCCCAUAUAAUCCUCCACAUAACUCCACAUAUUGCACCAUAUAACCUUCCCUAUAACUCCUCCUAUUGCACCAUAUAGCCCUCUGUAUAACUCCUCCUAUUGCACCAUAUAACCCUCCCUAUAACUCCUCCUAUUGCACCAUAUAACCCUCCCUAUAACUCCUCCUAUUGCACCAUAUAACCCUCCCUAUAACUCCUCCUAUUGCACCAUAUAACCCUCCGUAUAACUCCUCCUAUUGCACCAUAUAACCCUCCCUAUAACUCCUCCUAUUACACCAUAUAACCCUCCCUAUAACUCCUCCUAUUGCACCAUAUAACCCUCGCUAUAACUCCUCUUAUUGCACCAUAUAACCCUCCCUAUAACUCCUCCUAUUGCACCAUAUAACCCUCCCUAUAACUCCUCCUAUUGCACCAUAUAACCCUCCCUAUAACUCCUCCUAUUGCACCAUAUAACUGCUCCCUAUAACUCCUCCUAUUGCAACAUAUAACCAUCCCUAUAACUCCUCCUAUUGCACCAUAUAACCCUCCCUAUAACUCCUCCUAUUGCCCAUAACCCUCUCUAUAACUCCUCUUAUUGCACCAUAUAACCCUCCCUAUAACUCCUCCUAUUGCACCAUAUAACCCUUCCUAGAGCUCCUCCUAUUGCACAUAACCCUCUCUAUAACUCCUCUUAUUGCACCAUAUAACUCUCCCUAUAACUCCUCCUAUUGCACCAUAUAACCCUCCCUAUGACUCCUCCUAUUGCACCAUAUAACCCUCCGUAUAACUCCUCCUAUUGCACCAUAUAACCCUCCCUAUAACUCCUCCUAUUGCACCAUAUAACCAUCCCUAUAAUUCCUCCUAUUGCACCAUAUUAACCUCUCUAUAACUCCUCCUAUUGCGCCAUAUAACUCACCAUAUAACUCCUCCUAUUGCACCAUAUAACCCUCCCUAUAACUCCUCCUAUUGCACCAUAUAACCCUCCCUAUAACUCCUCCUAUUGCACCAUAUAACCCUCCUUAUAACUCCUCCUACUGACCCAUAUAACCCUCCCUAUAACUCCUCCUAUUGCACCAUAUAACCCUCCCUAUAACUCCUCAUAUUGCCCCAUAUAACCCUCUCUAUAACUCCUCCUAUUGCACCAUAUAACUGCUCCCUAUAACUCCUCGUAUUACACCAUAUAACCCUCCCUAUAACUCCUCCUAUUGCACCAUAUAACCCUCCUUAUAACUCCUCCUACUGACCCAUAUAACCCUCCCUAUAACUCCUCCUAUUGCACCAUAUAACCCUCCCUAUAACUCCUCCUAUUGCCCCAUAUAACCCUCUCUAUAACUCCUCCUAUUGCACCAUAUAACUGCUCCCUAUAACUCCUCGUAUUACACCAUAUAACCCUCCCUAUAACUCCUCCUAUUGCACCAUAUAACCCUCCCUAUAAUUCCUAUCUUUUCUAACUGCAGUAGAGUCUCUUUAAGCUUGCCCAGUAUUGCAAAUGGGAUUUUCCUGCAACCAUGUAUGACUGGAGCAACACUUGGGUCCAAAUAGAUGUGGUAAGUUCCUUUAAAUUGCCCAAUUCCUUGAAAUGCAUCAGGGUAAUGUUUUACCAGAUCAUCUUUUGUAUAAAGUUUUCGUGUAGAUACUGUGUGAACUUUGCAAAGUAAAUCCAGUUCCUGGCAUGCUGCUUUUCCUAAUAAUGGAAGUGAGGAGCAUCGCGUAGCAAAGAAUUCCAGCUCUGCUGUAUGUGUGGAGGUGGCUGCAGUGAGAUGCACCAUACCUUCUUGAUGGAACCCCCAUAACCAAUUAACAUAGUGUUAGUAUUUCUGAUGCAGAACUGUGCAGGGAUCUUUUUUAAGAGAGUGAUAGGUAGCACAUUUGCCUCAGCACCAGUAUCCAGUUAAUGGGUGCACCAUUGAUUUGCACUUCAGAGAACCAUGCAGAAUGUUUUAGUUCUUGUUUUACAUUUUUCAAUAUUGCUCCUAUAAAUAAAGUCUCAGCUGUUUUUACUCUGUCA